AUGAAUUGCACUUAUCAUAUUCAAAAUCCCAUCAUUUUGAUAUGUGUGGCUCCUCACUAGUGCUAAAGGAAACUUUGUCUUGAAUGCCAAUACGAACAUGAAGUGGAUAUAAAAAAACAUACAGUCCCAAUAAAUAAAUUUCAGGAUAUGGCUCUGAAGAAAUUAAAAGACUCCAAGCUUACUGAUACAUCUGAACUAACCAAAUAGAGGAUGGCCUUUAUAGCCAUGCUCACUCAAACCGAAUAAAUGAUGAAGAAAAUUUGGGAAGAAUUGUCACAAUCUAUCUAAUAAGUAUACGAUUAGAUUGAAAAGGAAAACUAAUCAUACUUAAACCUCAUUAAUGAAAACACCAAUCUAGCUGAAUCCUCUUACACUGAUAUUGAAAAAUUAGUAAAUAUUGUAGAAGGAAAAACUUUAAAUGAUUGGAAUGCUGAUAAGAAUUCUUAUAUGAUGGAAUUAGAUAAGACCAAGAGUUGGUGGGACCAGCAUCUUUAGGUGUUUAUUGAAAAUUCUAACUUUGGAAUCUUAUAGAUUCAAUCAUUAAUUGAGUAAAUAUUUAAUUCAUAUCUCUAGUGAAGAAGAAGAAGAAGUUUAUUAAACGAAAGAAGAUCUUUAUGAGAUGCUAACCUAUAUCUAGGAUAUAGAUGAAUCUCUCUAUUAGAAGAUUCUUGAUAUACUUAGAAAAGAGAAAGUUUCAGACAUUAUUGGAUACCUGACGAAGAAAAACAAUCAACAGUUUUUUGAUUCUUUAAUCAACAAGUAAGAGAAUAUAAAGGAGAUCAAGAAGUAAGUAAAAAAAAUAACUAAUGUCUUGAAAAAUCUUUAGGAUCAUCAAUAUAAUAAAGAUGACUAUUCUCAAGAGAAAUAUGAAAAGGAAAGGGUGGAUCUGAUCAAGAGGAUGAAGGAUAACAAAGGGAUCACAGAGUUCAUCAAAUUUUUAGUACGACUAACAUGCAUAGAUGUAAAAUUCAUUCAAUUGGGAUCAAAUGGACUUUGUUUAUUAGUGGCCAUGAAGGUUGAUAUUAAGAACCAAUCAUUUGAGAAUAUACGGAUCAAGAAUACAUCU